CUGAGAAAAUCACACUCCCCAGAUUUUCUUUCCAUCCAAACACUUCAUUAUCUCUCUCUCACACAACAUUUUCGUCUCUCAAAAACCCCUCCAUUUCUAGCACUUCCUUAUGAAACAAACCACCCCAAUCGCUUUGCAGGACGGGGAAAGAAAGGUAUGCUUAAACUACGUUCGAGCCUUUAAAAUAAUAUUUUUCUAGGGUUUCGAAUUAGCUCUAGCUCUUGCAAUGAUUUCUAUCGUAAAAAAUGAUAGUGAAUUAGAUACAAAAGCGAAUGCAAUCGAACAGAACAGAGGAGAAGCUAGGGUAUCGGGUGAUGGUGUCGACAGCCCUGAAGAAGAGAAAGCCAGGGUUUCUGGCGUUGAGCGUGGUUCAAGAUCUCCCGAGAAUGAGGAUAAAGUUAGGGUUUUAGAGACUAAUGGAUCUGCCAAAGAGGUUAAAGCUAUGGCCGGAGUUGGUGAGGAGAGUGAUGUAGAUAGCGAAAUGGGAGAGGAUUCUAGGGUUUAUGAUGUGAGAAACGAGAAUAACCCAAGCUUCGUUCAAUUCGACCUACAAAAUGAUCGAUUUGAAUCUCAGCAAGAUGAAUUUGAAUCUAAAAAUGAUCAGAUAGAAUAUGCUGUACCUAGUCGGGAUACAAAAGUAGAGGUUUAUACUUCCCUAUUGUCUGAGUUCGAUGAUUUUGUUGCAAAUGAGAAGCAUGGGGCACUGGUGGGAACAUCUAGGGCUUUAACUUAUGGGUUUGAAGUUGGCGAUAUGGUGUGGGGGAAGGUGAAAUCACACCCGUGGUGGCCAGGGCAUAUUUUCAAUGAGGCCUUUGCAUCAUCUUCUGUGCGGCGCACAAGGAGGGAGGGUUAUGUGUUAGUUGCAUUCUUUGGGGAUAGCAGUUAUGGAUGGUUCGACCCAGCGGAGCUUAUUCCUUUUGAUCCCCAUCUAGCUGAAAAAUCCCAGCAAACAAAUUCAAGGAAUUUUGUCAAAGCUGUCGAGGAGGCUGUGGAUGAAGCAAGCAGAAGGUGUGGGCUUGGUGUGGCUUGUAGGUGUAGGAACAAGUAUAAUUUUAGGCCAACUAAUGUUCCAGGGUAUUUUGAGGUUGAUGUCCCAGAUUUUGAGCCAGGGGUUUAUUCAGUAGAUCAAAUUCGGAAAGCUCAGGAUGCAUUUCGGCCAGGUGAGACUCUUGCGUUUGUGAAGCAGUUGGCUUUGGGGCCACAAGGAUGUGAUCGGAGUACUAUUGAAUUUAUUAAGAAUAAAGCUACAGUUUUUGCCUUUCGCAAGGCAUUGUUUGAGGAGUUUGAUGAGACAUAUGCACAAGCAUUUGGAGUGCAGCCAAAGCGACCUGCUAGCGAUUCUGCUAAUGCAUCAGAUCAGCCAGUUAAAGCUCCAACUCGGGCUCCUUUGAGUGGCCCACUGGUGAUAGCCGAGGCUCUGGGUAGUGGGAAGAGCUCAAAAAAAUCUGUGAAAGUGAAGGAUCAUUCAAAGAAAGACAGGUACCUCUUCAAGCGGAGAGAUGAGCCAGUUGACUCAAGAACCCUUCAAUUUGGUGAAAGACUGGCAGGUUCCUCAGCCCCAGCAGCAUAUGAGGAAGGUUCUUCAGCAAUAGUAACUGGUGACUAUGUUUUGCAGAAAAGGGCUCCCACACCUGUUUCGGCAAAAAAUGGACACUCCGAGGUUAUUAGCAAUGAAGUUGCAGGUUUCAGUGAAGAAGUAUUUGGGAAAGAAGCAGUAAUCUUGGAUCAGGGUCUAGGAUAUCCAGGUGCUCAAGCUACCCAAGGUAAUGUUUUAGAUGAAAAAUUGUCUCUUGAUAAGGAGAAGGAUGUACAGCAAGAAACAAAGGACAAAAUGGGGGCAGAUGUUAUGGUGGACUCGACAGGUAGGGUUCAGCCUGAUAUUUCAAUAAAGGGGGUGCCUCUGGGUGUAACAGACUAUGCAUCACCUUCUUUUCAGCACGAAGGUGAGGCCACCGUUGACAUUAGAUAUGAAGAAAGUGCAAAAGUGUCCAGAUUGGUUGAAGGUUCUCUGCAAACUGGGAGCAUUUCUGCUAGAGUUGAAGGAGACAGCAGUUUGGAUAAGUUUCAGGAUGGUCGUCCCAGUUCAAAUCUUUCAUCAUAUGAUGCAAAGCAUGCUGUUGUAAUGAGCGCUGAUGUUGCAGUGAAGAAAGCCAAAGUCCUCAAACGGCCUUUGGGGGAUUUGGGCUCUGAGAACUCUGUUACAAGGGAAAAAAAGAAGAAAAAGAAGAAAGAUUCAGGCACAGAAAUAAGCCCUGAUCAUCCGAAGAAGCGAUUAGCUGGUGCAGGAGUGGCAGGAAAAUCUAGUCUGAUCAAUGUAGCUUCCAGAGAGGAUCAUCGGGGAAACCAGCAGAAGAAAGAUGUUGGCACUAGUAAUGCCCCAUUCAGUAGUGUUGGACCAUUGCCAAUGGUUGGCAUGGGAAAUAUUGAGCUUGAGCUACCACAUCUGUUAAGUGAUUUGCAUGCUCUUGCGCUCAAUCCUUAUCAUGGUACAGAAAGGAACGGUCCUUCAAUUACAAUGCAGUUCUUUUUGCGGUUCCGGUCCCACUUUUAUCAAAAAAGCUUGGCUUUGUCACCACCAUCUGAGACUGAGACCAAUGAAAUUCGUGCUGCUAAAUUUCCAUCUUCUGCUGGGGUUUCUGGCAAUUCUGCUGGUGAGAAUGUCAGAGAUUUGACAUCUUCAAAACCUGUAAAAUCUUUAGUCAGACCAGAUGAUCCAAUGAGAGGUGGACGAAAGAGGUUACCAUCUGAUCGUCAAGAGGAAAUUGCGGCAAGGAAAUUGAAAAAAAUUAGUAUGUUGAAAUCAUUAGCUGCUGAAAAGAAGGCAGGUAUGAGAACAUCGGAAACACAUCGAACAGAAGGUAAAGAACCAGCAACUACAGCUCCAGCCAAACCUGUUAAAUCAGAUUCCGCCAGAAAAAUGGAAUCUCAGCCUAGAGCAGUUGAACCCACCAUGCUGGUGAUGAAAUUCCCUCCUCAGACAAACCUUCCUUCUGCAGCUCAGCUAAAGGCAAAGUUUGCUCGAUUUGGCUCUAUAGAUCAGUCAGCUAUCCGUGUGUUUUGGCAGACAUCAACAUGCCGUGUUGUGUUCCGGCACAAACUUGAUGCACAGGCAGCAUACAAAUAUGCUGUGAACAAUACCUUAUUUGGCAAUUUGAAUGUGAGAUACAGUGUCCGGGAAGUAGGAGCUCCUGCAUCAGAAGCAGCUGAAGCUGACAAGGGCAGAGGAGAUGACACUACCCUUGAGGCCCCACGAGUAAAGGAUCCAGCAAUUGAAAGACCACCACUGUUGCACCAGGCUGUUCAUCCUCAGUCAACCGUACAGCUCAAGUCUAUUCUGAAGAAACCAACCGGUGAUGAAGCAGGACAGGUAAUGGGUGGAAAUGGUGGUAGAGGAACAGCACGUGUAAAAUUCAUGUUGGGUGGGGAAGAAACUAGUAGGGGAGAGCAAUUGAUGGUUGGUAAUAGAAACUUCAACAACAAUGCUAGUUUUGCAGAUGGUGGUGCACCUACUUCUUCUUCUUCUUCUGUUGCUAUGGAUUUUAAUAGUAAGAACUUUCAAAAGGUUAUUCCUCCAUCACCUAUUCCUCCUCCCCUUCCUAGUCAAUAUACAAAAUUGCCACUUAAUAACUCGCAUCAUAUUGAAGUAGCACCCAGAAAUAUGCACAAUCUGAAUAUUCCCAUGGCUCGACCUACAAUAGAUAUUUCACAGCAGAUGCUAAGCCUUUUGACGAGGUGCAACGAUGUUGUAACUACUGUGACGAGCUUGUUAGGCUAUGUGCCUUACCAUCCUCUUUGAGUUGUAUGGGCCUAUCACUCUAUUACUAAAGAAGGACAAAACGGCCUGCCAAUUCGCGUCCAACGCUCUGCAUAAAUUUGCUUGUGGGAUUUUGAAUGCAAGGAAACAAGCUGCAUAAAUAUUUUUGUUUUUGGAGCACAAGCGGGCAUCGCGUGUUGUUAAAUGAGAGCCGAUUGAGGAAAUCCAUCAUCUAUAAAUUAUGUAAAGCCUGCCUUGAUGGAUCCUCCAAAAUGUAUCCAUACAGAUAGUGCCAUUCUCUCUCUUUUGUUCUUUAUUCUUCCUCCCCCCCUUCGCCUCUCUUUCUUUCUCCCGCACUUAUUUUUACUUCUGUAGUUUGGUGGCUGAAGUGCGUGUGGUGAGAAUUUUUCAUACAUUUUUUGCUUGUUUAGUUCAUCAUUAUGCUAUGCUUUUAUGGGUUAAAAUGCACUCUUAAGGCUUGCUUUGGAA